AUGCACACUUUCGUUGCCGCGGUCGCACUCUCCGUGGUGGGUGUCGCCCAGGCGGGAUUCAGCAUUGAGACCAUACACAAGGAAUCAGCUCCGAUUCUCACCCAUGUCGACGCUGAAGUCGUUCCUGACUCCUACAUCAUCAAGUUCAAGGACCACGUCAACGAAGCCGCGGUCAACGACCACCAUAGCUGGAUUCAAAGCAUCCACAAGGAUGGCGAGGAGGAGCGUUUGGAACUUCGCAAGCGAAGUCUGGGAUCCUCACCAGUGGAGGCUUUCGCCGGCUUGAAGCACACGUACAACAUUGCCAGCGGCUUCAAGGGCUAUUCCGGUCACUUCCAUGAGUCCGUCAUCGAGAAGGUCCGAAAUCAUGGCGACGUCGAGUUCAUUGAGAAGGAUACCAUUGCCCGCAUUUUGCGCCCUGUCACCCCCGACGAGUCUGUGCAGGAGACUUGCACUCCCGAGACCGAGAAGCAGGCCCCGUGGGGCCUUGCUCGUGUCUCCCAUCGCAAGGGUCUUUCCUUUGGCACCUACAACAAGUACUUGUAUGCUGCCGACGGCGGCGAGGGCGUCGAUGCUUACGUUAUUGAUACUGGUACCAACACUGAUCAUGUGGACUUUGAGGGUCGUGCCAAAUGGGGUAAGACCAUUCCCGCUGGAGAUGCCGAUGAGGAUGGCAACGGCCAUGGUACUCACUGCUCUGGAACCAUUGCCGGCAAGAAGUACGGUGUUGCCAAGAAGGCAAACGUCUAUGCCGUCAAGGUUCUCCGCUCCAACGGCUCUGGCACCAUGGCCGAUGUCGUCAAGGGUGUUGAGUUCGCUGCCACCAGACAUGUUGAACAGGUCUUGCUUGCCAAAGACGGUAAGCGAAAGGGAUUCAAGGGUUCCGUCGCCAACAUGUCCCUCGGUGGUGGUAAGACACAGGCUCUAGACGCUGCAGUGAAUGCUGCCGUCAAGGCUGGUAUUCACUUUGCCGUCGCUGCCGGUAACGAUAACGCCGAUGCCUGUAACUAUUCCCCUGCCGCCGCAGAGCUUCCCGUCACUGUCGGUGCCUCUGCUUUCGAUGACAGCCGUGCCUACUUCUCCAACUAUGGCAAGUGCACUGACAUCUUUGCCCCUGGUCUCAACAUCCUGUCCACCUGGAUUGGCUCCCGGACUGCUGUCAACACCAUCUCGGGCACCUCCAUGGCCUCUCCCCACAUCUGCGGCCUCCUCGCCUACUAUCUCUCUCUCCAGCCGGCUGGUGACUCUGAAUUCUCUGUCGCCUCAAUCACCCCUAAGCAGCUCAAGGAGACUCUCAUUGAUAUCUCCACUCAGGGUGUCCUGACUGACAUUCCCAAUGACACCCCCAACAAGCUGGCCUGGAAUGGUGGCGGUUGCAGCAACUACUCCAAGAUUGUUGCUGCCGGUGGCUAUAUUGGCAGGCCCAGGACUUCUGAGCCGAAGCCGGUUGGGAACGCUGUCAAGGAAGAGAUGAAGGUUCUUUCCCACAAGGUCUCACAGGGCGUCAAGGACUUGGGCGACAAAACGGAGAAGUUUGUCGAAAAGAUCCACGACGUCGUUGAUAAGGAGAUUGAGCACUUCAUCUCCGAGAUCUCCGUGUAA